CAUAGACUAUGUUGGCCUUGUUUGGAAUUGUAUCCCAAAAGCUACCACACCUACCAACCAUGGUGGAUUAUCAGCAUUCAACAAAUAUCUGUGAGAAAAAGUAACAGCAUCUGGUGUUUGGCAUACCUGAAGUACAAACCACUAAUCACUAGAAGGGAUGAAGCUGCAAAGGGCCAUCAGACUAAACUGUGACAAUCUUUGAAAGAAAUCAUGCCCAAGUUCAAGCAACGAAGAAGAAAGCUAAAAGCCAAAGCAAAAAGAUUAUUCAAAAAAAGGGAAGCCUCUCACUUUCAGCCCAAGCUAAUUACACCUCCUCCUCCGCCACCCUCACCAGAAAGAGUGGUUAUUUCUUCAGGAGAUACAUCCCUUAGCAGAAGCCGGCUAAGACCAUCCUGGAACUUCAGAUUUCCCAAUAUCAAAGAUACUGUAAAACUUUGGACAAAUAGAGUGUGGUCUAUAUACAGUUGGUGCCAGAACUGCAUGGCCCAGAGUUUAGAAGUAUUGAAAGACACUGUCUUUCCAUCCCGUUUCUGCCAUCGAGAACUUCACAGUCUAAAACAACGGUUUUGCAUUUUGGAAAGUGAAUUAUGCAAGCUCCAGGAAACACUGAAGACUGUCUUGGAAAAAUCUUCCUGCCCAAGCUGUGGCCAAACAUUUACAAAUGUGCCCGCCUGUGUGCUAAGCACCCCUGCAGAAUCUCGGGCUGUACUUCCUCCCACUCUGCCACAGCCAGCCAGCCACCUUCCAGCUGUGCCUCCGCCACCACCGCCCCCACCUCCUCCUCUGCCUCCGCCACCACCGCCUACAGCACCUGUGCCGCUCAGAAGAUCUGAUCGCACUAAAGCACUUCAGGCUGGACCAUUAAAAAAAGAGGGACCCAUGCAGAUAACAGUUGAAGAUCUACUGACUGUGAAAUUAAAGAAGACACAGUGUUUUGAUGAAAGGAAGGAGCUUGUACCGUCACCAAAGGCACAGAAUCCACUAGUUACUGUCUCUGACCUGCAGCGUGUCACCCUGAAGUCCAACUCCAAAGUGCUAUCAACUCGAGUUACAAAUGUCCUGAUUACCCCUGGUAAAGGCCAAAUAGAUCUGCGGAAACUACUUAGAAAAGUUGAUGUAGAGAGGAGCCCAGGUGGAACCCCAUUUACCAAUAAAGAAAAUAUGGAUACAGGAACUGGGCUGACUCCAGUAAUGACCCGGGCCUUGAGGAGAAAGUUUCAGAUGGCUCACCCUAGAAGCCCAACUCAAACUCUACCACUUUCUACAAGCAGCUUUGAUGAACAAAACUGAUGCCAACUCUGCCUGACACCACAUGAUGAUCCAUAAAAUACACAGAUAAAAUCACCCCGACCCUUUUUUUUAAUGUAGUAGGGUGUGUAUAAAUAAUUAUACUAAUAUAUAAUUCCAUUUGAAGAAUUAAAGUAUGUACGGAGCCCCCAUACAUACUGUGGUAUAAAGUGGGUAUUUGGGUAUUUUUUUAGUUUGCAUGAUCAAUAAGAACAGAUGGGAAAAUGCAUUCCCCAAAGUGAUGUUUAUUCUGGAAUUACCCAAUUUAGGUUGGAGAGGUUGUUCAAAUUUAACUAGAUAACAAAUUUAUACUCAGUAGGUGCAGUUUUGACAUUAAUAACCUGAUUCCUUAAAAAAUAAAAUGAAAUAACCCGAUUCCCAUUCUCCUUGAGUAUUCUUAGGUAAUUAAAAAGAAAAGUAUUUCAGCCUGUAAAAGCUAAUGCAUUCACUAAGUGCUACAGACUUGAUCAGUAAAAAAGAUCCUCUAGAUUUGAUUUCUGUUUACUGUAAACAGUUAAGAGGUAAGACCGUCCUCCAUCCCAACCCAAUUAUUUUCCAAAUGGAUUUGAAGUAAAAUGUCCAAUAUAACUUAAAAAUUAGAAUGUACCAUUUCUAGUGGUUAGAAAUGAUAUUUAGGUAGUCAUAUCUGGUUCGCUGAAGUCUGAGAUAUUCCUUUCUUUGAUAUUUUCUGUCCAUAUUCAUGCAGCAUAUUUUAAGUUUUAUGAGGAUCUCAACAUGAACCUUGUAUUUUCCACAGUGGCCUGCGAAGGAUUAUCUAAAGUCCAUAGCAGAUUCUCUAUGAGACCUAAUUCCUGUCCUCAAUAGCCAAUAGCUUCAGUAACAGUAAUAAUGCACACCUCACUGGAUUUUUGUUCUUUCCUGCCCGCCCAGGGUUGCCAGAUUUAACAAUUAUAAAUAUAUGACAGCUAAAUUUGAAUUUCAGAUAAAAAACAAAUAACUUUUAAAUAUAAAUAUGUCCUGUUAAACAAUGGGUAGGUUUUUUAGUUUUAGUAUGUCCCAAAUAUUGCAUGGGAGUUAUAUAUUUAUACUAAAAAAUUUAUUCAUUGUUUAUCUGAAAUUCAAAUUUAAUGGGGCAUUCUUUAUUGUAUCUGGUCACUCUAUUGGUCAGUCCCCUACAAAGUUGCCAAGUAUUUCUGGGAGCCCCCAGCUUGUCAGACAUGUCUACUUAGCGUUGGACACAAUUAUAGCUCCAGGCAGGAUCCCCAUUAUUAAUGUGUUAAGUAUCACAAGGGAGAGGAAGUCUCAUUAGGGUGAAUUCCUGUGACAAGGUUCAGGAUUAGCUUUGAUCCCUGCAGUUCUAAGAAUAAGGAUAGCAGCUGCCUCAUGGAUAGGAAAUGAGGUGUUUCAGAUCUUCACUGAACUUCCUAGCCUGACAGGAAGCAGCUACACGGAUGAUAUCCUUGAAAUAUCAUCAUUUUAGCAUAGGCUACAAAAGAUUUCCCAGAAAUGCCUGUAUUUCCACAGAUAAAUGCUGCUUUGAGAUGCCAAAUAGAGUGUUGUGGAAAAUCACCAGACUGGAAAGCAGACCAGGGGGCCAUGUUUUGUUCUUAUGAGACCCACAUUUAUGUUUAUAAACACAUUUAUGAAUGAAAAUUAAACAGGUAAUGAAGUUAAGAAACAUACCUACUUCUAGUUAAAAAACAAAAAACAAAACCUGCUAGCUACAUUUAUAUUAUAUAAGAAUAAAAGGAAUGAUCACUGAGAAUAAAACAUUUGCAUAUUUGUGACAGUGUUUUAUGGGGCACUUAUGCCUAUAUUAAUAAACCACCGUGUACUGUCUCAAUUUAAUUUAAAUGAUUUGAUUAUUUGAUCAUUCUUGUGGAAUAAGGGUUCAUUAAAAAUGCUAUAGAAGGGGCGCCUGGGUGGCUCAGUCGUUAAGCGUCUGCCUUCGGCUCAGGUCAUGAUCCCAGGGUCCUGGGAUGGAGCCCGCAUCGGGCUCCCUGCUCAGCGGGAAGCCUGCUUCUCCCUCCCUCACUCCCCCUGCUUGUGUUCCCUCUCUCGCUGUCUCUCUCUGUCAAAUAAAUAAAUCUUUAGAAAAAAAAUGCUAUAGAAAUCCUAUAUAUAGACAUUUAUAAAGCUGCUAUUGCCAUUGUACCAGUAUUAAAAUGUUUUCUACCUUUUACUAAUUUUUAUGACAGGUUUUAUGUUGUACCCAUUUGAGAAUCCUGUGAAUGCUAUGGCUUCAUUACACUGUUGUUAAUUAUAUAUUUCCAAUGUUUAUUUUCACACUGAAUAACAACCAGACAAUAUAAACACCAAGAUCCAUCUGCUUAUGUUUUUAAUUAAAAUAAAGAGCAAUAAAAAAACCUUUGGUUUUUCU